GAAACAUGGCUGGGUAAGCAAUUUGUCGCAUAGUGGAGUGGUAAAGCAUGGGUAUUACAGUCAUUUCACACACAUACAACGGCUACAUGAUCGCCGACCCUGUUAAAGCAAGCAGCCUCCACGCUCUCUCUCUCUCUCUCUCUCAAGUAGAAGAAGAGUAAGUAACCCCAGUUUCAGUUUCAGAUCUGCUCGCUCAUCAUCCAGCCAUGAACAUCUUCAAGAAGAAGACUUCCCCCAAAGAUGCAUUGAGGGAGAGCAAAAGAGAAAUGGCCGUCGCCACACGCGGUAUUGAACGUGAAAUCGCAUCUUUACAAAUGGAGGAGAAGAAAUUAGUCGCGGAGAUUAAAAAAACAGCUAAAAUUGGGAAUGAGGCUGCCACCAAGAUAUUAGCUCGCCAGCUUGUUCGUCUUCGACAACAAAUAACAAAUUUGCAGGGGAGCCGUGCGCAGAUUAGAGGUGUAGCAACUCAUACACAGGCUCUUUAUGCCAACACAUCUAUCUCUACUGGAAUGAAAGGUGCAACAAAAGCAAUGGUUGCCAUGAACAAGGAAAUGGCCCCAGCAAAACAAGCUAAAGUGAUCAAGAAUUUCCAGAAGGAGUCAGCUCAGUUGGACAUGACGAUCGAGAUGAUGUCUGAGUCAAUUGAUGAAACCCUAGACAAAGAUGAGGCUGAAGAGGAAACAGAGGAGCUUACAAACCAGGUGCUUGAUGAGAUUGGUGUAGGCAUCGCUUCACAGUUAUCUUCUGCACCAAAAGGUCGACUCGGACCCAAGAAGGUUGACAAUACUGUCCCCAGCUCUGUGCCAAAUGAUGUUGAUGAUCUUGAAAAGAGACUUGCUUCUCUUCGACGCAUUUGAUAUGUGAGACGUUGCAUCCAGACGAGGACCAGAAGUCUUUUGUGUAUAGUCUUGUAUCGUCUUUAUAAAUGUUAGUAUAAUGAACACUGAAAAUUAUUUGUUUUUCCUUUUCUAAGCAUCGAUAAUAUGUAAUCAAACCAAAAUUAAGACCCAUUAAACAAAUUAUAAACUAUUAGUGGAUUUAUGUA